ACAAGCGCAUGGGUUUGGUUUGAUGACAGUUUUCGACAAAUAAUGUGUAUUGGUUCUUUGACAUUAUGAUACUCUUUGUCAUUGCUGGCGUUUUAAGUAAACUCUAUAAAAUUACUCUAUGAUUGUCAUGCCUCAAAUAUGUAAAUUGUUAUAUUGUUCAAACUUCCAUUGCAAUGGCAGAAAUGGAUGCUGUGAAAAAGUAUUUAAAAGACUUUGCACAAGAAGCACGCGAGUUGUAUCUGAAUGAAGCCGUGCCUUACCUGGAGCAUGCGCCGUCUCCUCUUGAGUUCUACCGCGAAUGGAUUGGUCCCAACAAACCCUGCAUCAUCCGCAAUGCUUUCAGUCACUGGCCAGCUCUGUCCAAGUGGAAUCCUGCAUAUCUCAGGGAGGCGGUGGGAUCAAAGGUAAUUAGUGUUGCGGUGACCCCAAACGGCUAUGCGGAUGCCGUAAACGGAGACCGGUUUGUUAUGCCAGAUGAACGAAAGAUGACAUUCUCCUCUCUGCUAGACGUGAUAGAGGGAAAGGUGGAGAGCAAAGGAGUGUUCUAUGUCCAGAAACAGUGCUCCAACCUGAUGGAGGAGCUCCCUGAGCUGACGGGGGAUGUGGAGCCUCACAUACCCUGGAUGAGUGAAGCCCUCGGGAAGUUACCGGAUGCUGUCAAUUUCUGGUUGGGAGAAGCCCGUGCCGUGACAUCCAUGCACAAGGACCAUUAUGAGAACCUGUACUGUGUCAUAUCAGGAGAGAAACAUUUCAUCCUGCUCCCUCCAUCCGACCGGCCCUUCAUACCUUACGAGCUGUACCAGCCAGCGGUGUACAGGCAGAGAGAAGAUGGUGGGUUUGAUAUGGUGGAUGAAGCAGAGUCUGAGAAGGUACCAUGGAUCCCUGUGGACCCUCUGAACCCAGACCUGGAGUGUUACCCUGCCUACCGGCUGGCACAGCCCCUCCGCUGCACCGUGAGAGCAGGCGAGAUGCUCUACCUUCCCUCCCUCUGGUUCCACCAUGUCCAGCAGUCCCAUGGCUGCAUCGCAGUGAACUUCUGGUACGACAUGGAGUAUGACCUCAAGUACAACUAUUUCCAGCUACUAGAGUCCCUGUCGGGGGCUGUGGGGUCACUGUGACAUCACUGGGAGGUCAGAGAUCACCCUGGGCAUUUGAAUCCUUCUCUAUCCAUCCUUCUUCGAGGUAAUCUCUGACCUAACUGAUGCCCCUGGCCUUUACAAAAGAAAAAUUUCAAGGAAGGGAACAGUGUUUUCAGUGUCCUGGUCAUGAGAAUAUAGGUUAUCAUAUAUUCCCAGGCUGUAUUUUUUUUACUAGGUUUACUGAGUCCUGACAGCUCUAGCCAGAUUGUCAGUAAGUACACAAGUAUGGAAACCAUAGGGAUGGAUUGUUUUAUAGUUGAGAGACCGCUUCGGUGUAGAAAUGUAUCGGAAUAUCUUAUCUGAAGUUUCCUGGUAUUGUAUUUCAUUUUAAGACAAUCAUUGUCUUGUUUGAAUUUCUUUUUAAAGGAUAUUCGAGAAUAUGCUGGAGUCUGAAUUGCUGUCAGCUAAUUGUGCUGUUCUAGUAACAGAGUAACAGGGCAAGGUACAGGUGGAAAAUGUAAAUAAAGGUAUGUGUAAACACCACUGGAGUG